AUGGAUCGUCGCGACUGCCUUGCGGUGAUUCAAUCUUGCAAAACUCUUCCUUUUCUGGAGAGCUUCCACGCGAAGAUAGAAAACCGAGUUGGAUCUCACGAUUUGUUCCUCACAAACAAGCUCAUCGAAGCCUAUGGGAAAUGCCGGGGUUUAAAGCAAGCCAAAGCGAUCUUCGAUGCUCUCGGCAAGAAAGACUGUUAUUCCUGGAAUCUUAUGAUAUCCGUAUACAUACGAAACAGUCAGCUAGACGAAGCCAAGCUGCUGUUUGACACAAUGCCAAAUCGGACACUGGUGUCGUGGACUGCCACGAUGGCAGCAUAUGCCCAGAACGGGAAUCUUGCUCUGGCAAAGCAGUUCUUUGAUCGCAUGCCAGAGAGGAAUCUUAUUUCCUGGACCGCAAUGCUGACUGGAUAUGCCCAAAGUGGGCAAGUGGAAGAGGCCAAACGCAUCUUUGAAGCCAUGCCACUUCGGAAUCUUGUGUCUUGGACUGGUAUGGUUGCGGCAUAUGCUUUGAACGGGCAUCUGGAAGAUGCCUUACGUCUGUUUAACAAGAUGCCUGAGAGAGAUCCUGUUUCCUGGAACGCGCUUAUUUCUGCAUAUGCUCAGGAUGGGAAUCUUCAAGAAGUUAAGGCCUUGUUUGAUAAAAUGCCGCAGAGGAGCAUGGUGUCGUGGACGUCAAUGCUGGUGGCAUAUGCUAAGAACGAGCAUCUGGACCAUGCUAAGAGAAUGUUUAGAGAGAUGCCGCAAAGGAAUCUCGUUGCCUGGACGUCUAUGAUUGGAGCAUAUGCCGGUGAUGGGUAUCUAGAGCAAGCCCAGGAAGUAUUCGACGAGAUGCCCGAGUGGGAAGUGAUAUCUUGGAAUGCUCUGCUCUCGGCAUAUGCCCAGGCAGGGAAUCUUAAAAAGGCAGAGGAGAUUCUUAGCAAAAUGCCGGAGAAGAAUCUGGUAACGUGGAAUGCCAUGGUGGCGGGAUAUUCGCAAAGCGGAUUUCUGCGCGAGUCCAUCUCAACUUACGAAAUGAUGCCGGAGCACAACGUAGUGUCAUCGACGGCAGUGAUUGCCGCCUACGCCGAAAGCGGGAAAGUCGAGGAGGCUAGGUGCUUGUUUGAAAGCAUGCCUGAGAAGGAUCUCAUCUCUGCCUGUGCCUUAUUAUUUGCUUAUGCCCAAAACGGGUAUAUGGACGAAGCCAAAAUUUUGUUCCAAAGCCUGAAAGAGCACACGAUCAUACUAUGGACUGGAAUGGUGGCGGCUUAUGCGCAAUGUAGUUGUUUAGAAGAAGCCAAGCAGCUAUUCGAUCAAAUGCCUGAGAAGAACAUAGUGUCGUGGAACGCUAUGUUUUCUGCUUAUGCCCAAAAGGGUCAUCUAAACUUUGCAAGGGAUAUGUUUGCCAGACUUCCCGAGCGAAACACCGCUACAUGGAACGCACUGAUUGCAGCAAAUACCCAAACCGGCCAUCACUCCGAGGCUUUGGAGACGUUUCACACGAUGCAAAUGACGGAGGUGUGCGACGACACGAGCCUGGUGCUUGUUCUCUUGGUUUGCAGUCGAGCAGGAAACGUGAAAACGAGCAAGUUUGUGUUCCAGUCGAUUAGCAUGGACUACCACGUCGAGUUGACGAAGCAGCACUUUGGGUGCAUGGUGGAUCUGCUGGGACGAGCUGGGCAUCUGCGGCAUGCCAAAGAUCUCAUCGCCAACAUGCCCUUCCUGCCCGACGGCCUCGAGUGGCGAUGCUUUCUCGGUGCGUGUCGAAGUUUCAAUGACACUGCUCGAGGGGCUAUGGCGGCCAAAUCCGCUCUAGCACACGAGGAGGACGCUGCGGCUUUCGUGUUGCUGGCGAACACGUAUACUGACACUGGAAAAUCCGUCUCGAAUAACAGAGAUGAAGAGCUUGAAUUCGAUGAAGCAAAUGUGCUUCAAAUGCACUGA